CUGUUUUUCCCUUCCCCGAAGAUGACCCUGGAGACAGUGCGGAAGGAUCUGCGGCAUCUGCGGGCGUGUCUGCUGUGUUCGCGUCUGCUGUGUUCGCUGGUCAAGACUAUAGACCAGUUUGAAUACGAUGGAUGUGAUCAUUGUGAUGCAUAUCUACAAAUGAAGGGUAACAGAGAAAUGGUAUAUGACUGCACCAGUUCUUCCUUUGAUGGAAUCAUUGCAAUGAGUCCAGAGGACAGCUGGGUCUUCCAGUGGCAGCGAGUUAGUAACUUGAAGCCCGGUGUAUAUACCGUGUCAGUCACUGGUCGCCUGCCCCAAGGAAUUGUACGGGAGCUAACAAGUCAAGGAGUGGCCUACAAAUCCUAA